CCUGCUGCUGCUGCUGCUGUCGCUUGCGCCUGCUGCCCCAACUCGGCGUCCGACUUCUUCAUGGUGUGCGCCGGUCAUGUUCGCUCCUUAGCCGGCAAACGACUUUUCUCCUCGCCUCCUCGCCCCGCAUGUUCAGGACCAAACGAUCUGCGCUCGUCCGGCGUCUCUGGAGGAGCCGCGCGCCCGGCGGCGAGGACGAGGAGGAGGGCGCGGGGGGAGGCGGCGGCGAGCCGCGGGGGGAAGGGGCGACGGCCGGCCGAGCGCAUGGGGCCGGCGGCGGCGCGAGCAGAGCUGGUUGCUGCAUGGGCAAGGCGGUCCGAGGUGCCAAAGGUCACCACCAUCCCCACCCCCCCGCCGCCGGGGCCGGCGCGACCGGGGGCACCGAGGCGGAUCUGAAGGCGCUCACGCACUCGGUGCUCAAGAAACUGAAGGAGCGGCAGCUGGAGCUGCUGCUCCAGGCCGUGGAGUCCCGCGGCGGGACCCGCACCGCGUGCCUCCUGCUGCCCUGCCGCCUGGACUGCAGGCUGGGCCCGGGGGCGCCCGCCGGCGCGCAGCCGCCCUCGGCCUACUCGCUCCCCCUCCUGCUGUGCAAAGUGUUCAGGUGGCCGGAUCUCAGGCAUUCCUCGGAAGUCAAGAGGCUGUGUUGCUGUGAAUCUUACGGGAAGAUCAACCCGGAGCUGGUGUGCUGCAACCCCCAUCACCUUAGCCGACUCUGCGAACUAGAGUCUCCCCCUCCUCCUUACUCCAGAUACCCGAUGGAUUUUCUCAAACCAACUGCGGACUGUCCAGUUGCUGUGCCUUCCUCCGGUGAACCAGGGGGAACGAAUUAUCUGGCCCCUGGGGGGCUGUCAGAUUCCCAACUUCUCCAGGAGCCUGGGGAUCGGUCACACUGGUGCGUGGUGGCAUACUGGGAAGAGAAGACGCGCGUGGGACGGCUCUACUGUGUCCAGGAGCCCUCCCUGGACAUCUUCUACGAUCUACCUCAGGGGAACGGCUUCUGCCUGGGACAGCUCAACUCGGACAACAAGAGCCAGCUGGUGCAGAAAGUGCGGAGCAAGAUCGGCUACGGCAUCCAGCUCACCCGGGAGGUGGACGGCGUGUGGGUGUACAACCGCAGCAGCUACCCGGUGUUCAUCAAGUCGGCCACACUGGACAACCCCGACUCCAGGACUCUCUUGGUACACAAAGUUUCUCCCGGUUUCUCCAUCAAGGCGUUCGACUACGAGAAAGCCUCCGGCCUCCAGCGGCCCAACGACCACGAGUUCACGCAGCAGCCCUGGACCGGCUUCACGGUGCAGAUCAGUUUCGUGAAGGGCUGGGGCCAGUGCUACACCCGCCAGUUCAUCAGCAGCUGCCCCUGCUGGCUGGAGGUCAUCUUCAACAGCCGGUAGCCCCCGUGGGGAGCGGGGCCGCGCCGCGCCGAGCAGGCCGUGGUUCGAACGACGUUGCUGCUAAUAUUUCCCUCCUUGAGUGCUUGCUUUUCAUGCAGACUCUGGUGAUGGUCCUGCCCCGCUUCUCCCCCCUGUCCCCCCCAUUCUUGAUGUUCCGAUGCAUUUUGUCCUUUGAGAAAUAGCUUAUGAAAAGAAUUGCUGGAGUGUUUGUUUGGCGGGGAGGGAGACAGGCUGGUUAGGGACACCCUGAGAUGCAAGGGGGUGGGGGGGCCAGGUAAGCCUUGUUCAGUCCUCAUUUCACUUGUCGGGAGCGCACGGGUGGGCGAGCGAGCGAGCGUGUAUGAGAGAGAGAGUGUUCUUUGUUUCUUACAGAUUGCUGGUGCCGCACGCCCCCCCACCUUCCCCCUAAGCUGAGCAGUUUUCCAUCCCAAGCCCGGUCUCCCUGGCUUUCUGGACAUGUUCCGUGGGCAGAGUGUCCCUGCUAGCAGCCAGGCUGUCCCUGCUGGGGAAGGACGUGCCCACUGGUCCACCCCACCAUGCUGUCCCAUCCUCAGACUUCUUAGAAGCAGCCCCGCCCCUGUGAGCGAGAACCCAUUGUUCCCACCCCCCAAUUACACGCCUCCUGCCAUGAGUUGACCCAGAAGUGUCUUUUUCUGUCUUGGCCCUUUGCUCCUGGGUGUCUCAGAUGGGCUUCCGAAGGCCACUGGGCUGCCCGCCACCACAGUAUUGCUCCCUGCGCCCCUUUCUCUUCCCCUCUGCCCUGGUGACAUCAGGUUUGUCCUGGACUCAGAAACCAGCUCAGCCCCUCUGCCCCCUCCCCAGCCUGUGCGCUGAGCACCCUUAGCCCAGCAGGUGGGGGUGGAGUGGGGUGGGGCAGGAGGCCACUCAGCAGCCCCGCCUUCCUUCCCACCAAGGAUUUGGUCCAUCACAACCCUAGGCUGGCCCCCAACUGUUCUGUUCUUUCUUCUACGAACUCAUACAACUCGUAUGAUACUUUGACACUGUUCUUAGCUCAAUGAGCAUGAUUUAGACUUUAACAUAAGCUAUUUUUCUAACUACAAAGGUUUAAAUGAACAAGAGAAGCAUUCUCAUUGGAAAUUUAGCAUUGUAGUGCUUUUGAGAGAAAGGACUCCUUAAAAAAAAACCCAGAAAACAACACAGAACCCCCCUGAGAUUUAUUAAAGAAAAAAUGUAUUUUAUGUUAUAUAUAAAUAUAUUAUUACUUGUAAAUAUAAAGACGUUUUAUAAGCAUCAUUAUUUAUGUAUUGUGCAAUGUGUAUAAACCAGAAAAUAAAGAAAGAUGCACUUUGCUUUAAUAUAAUGCAAAUAACAAAUGCCAAAUUAAAAAAAAAAUAAGAUAAACACAAGAUUGGUGUUUUUUUCUAUGGGUGUUCUCACCUAGCUGAAUGUUUUUCUAAAGGAGUUUAUGUUCCAUUAAACAAUUUUUAAAAUGUAUACUUGA